AUGGUUUUACCCACGUGUUUGAAAUGGAGGCACUCAUUAAAAGGGGUACGGUUAGUGGCGGAUAUUAAGAGAAUAAGAAGAGGACAAGCACAGGGUUUAAAGGAGUUUGCCCGUUUUCAAAAGGAUAAAAAAGUUCUGGAUUUAACUGGUGCAGAACUACAAUUUGCCAAUAGAGAUAAAACAGUUGAAGAAGCCAGGACCGGUUUUGUUUCUGUUUUUAAGACUCCCACUACUAGUGCUAAUCCUGUCAAUGUGCAGAUGAGUGGUGACAUUGUGCAGAGUAGUGGUUACAACAACAACAAUGGGACAAAUAAAAGGAAGAGGGACGAUUUGGAAGACAUGAUUGCUAGUUUAGAGAGUACUACAAAAGAAGAAGUUGUUAAGAACUUAAAGGACUUGGUGAGAACACUUUGUCUGCAAAAUAAUCCUAGUGAUUCACUCAUAUUACUUACUCUGGAGGAACUUGCUAAAGCUGCAAGACGGGUUAAUCAUGAUAAUGCUGAUACCUUUGAAGAGUUGAAACGUGAGGCAAACCGACAUCAAUUAAAAUUAUAUUUUUCUUCUUUGUGUUUGUCCGUUAUGGGUGGUAAGGUUGCGGAUGCAAUCACAAAAGCUGUGUCAAAAUAUUUAAAGGAAAAGCAACCUGAGAAGAAAACUACUCCAAAACCUGAGGAUUCUACAUUGCACAAUUUAUACCUGCCAUACCAGGCUACUUGUAUGUAUCCAUACAAUGCUAUGCCUUACUUUAUUUUUUCUUUAUUUGAAAUGUCUUCAUUUAUAAUUCAAGGAUCACUGAUACCCUAG